AUGACUCCAGAGUCAGACACAGGAAGCCCUCUGUCCAUGUCGCCAUCUCUUCAAGGAUAUGACCCUCGAUCAAUAAUCCGACAGCUCCUGGAAAAGUACAGCAAGGAGGAAUUAAAUCGUUUAGUUGAGGAGGAGUCAUGCAUGAGCUCUUCUGCACACAGCCGUUUGCCAGAAGGCGCCUUCUCCCAGUCUAUUCUCGGUUCUGAUAGAGAAGGUAUACCGCACCAAGCCACUUCUCUCAGCCAUGGAGCGGUAGCAUAUCAGAGCUACAGUGCAAAACCAAGCCGCUCGCUGUCAAGCAGCACAUCAUCAACGCAAAGGUCACGAAGACAGUCCGCCGAUCGUGGGACGUCAGUCAUCUCCAUGUCCCAAAGGCUGGACUAUGCUUGCGGUUUCUGCGCAGAGGAGAACAUCAGAAAGACUUGUACUCGUCGAAAUGACCUUCGACGACACAUCGAGAACUUUCACAACAACAAUGCCGUUUGGUUCUGCCAGCACCCAGGCUGUAGAAUGGCGUAUGACUGGCAAACAGCCUACCAGAACCAUCUUCGAACGGCGCAUGGCCGCUCUCACAUGAACGUUGACGAGGCCAAGGUCAAGCUGUGCCCCCAGACGGUAUUUGCUUGUGGAUUCGAAAACUGUACCCAGGUAUUUGAAGCUGCCAACGAAGACGAUACGUCAGCAACCCUCAAAGAGUACUCGGGUCACAUUGUGAAGCAUUUCGAGGAAGGUUCUAACGGCGGCCGCUGGACCUAUUCUACCAGAAUGCGCAACCUCUUGCGACAAGCCCAAGUUUCUGCCUUUUGGGAGAAGGCAUGGCCAGAAAUGGAGAGACCACAGCUACAAUGGGAGCCCCAGUCAAGCAUGGCUGCGAGAAAGACCCUGGAAGCAGGCCAUCUCGAAAACUUGCCAUUCUUGAUUCGCUUCAUCGCCAUGCUGGGAUCUAAUCCUGGCGAUCUGGGCAAGUUUGAAGGCAAGCUUGACCCCCCUGUCAGGAAGAGAUGCCCCAAGGCCCAAUUCCAGCGUAGGCUGUCUCAUGACGCUCAUGCACAAAGUCCCCAGCUUGUUCCCGAACGAGACAUGGACCAGUUCAAGGUAUCUGGAAGUGUUGGUAUGGGAUACGGACCACCACCGUAUGGCAAUAUCCAGCCCGGACAUCAUGUUCCUCGCUCCAUUGAGCCAUUUAGUGCUGAUCGCACCAUGGACCACAACCACAGCCAAAGCCAAGGCCAGAACCAGAGCCAUAAUCAAGGCCAAGGCCAAUGUCAAUUCAAUGAUGGCGCGGCAGCAUCCUUGCACCCAUUAACCCCACCGCAGUUGUUCUAUCACGGUGCAGGUUCGGCAUUGUAUAGUCCAUCUUCACAGAUGAUAUCCACAGCUAUGCCGCCACAUCAACAAUCUACGGGACAAUACAUUACCGUAGGACAGGAGACUGAGUCAGUUGUGAAUCCCGCAGUGGGUUUCCACGGCAUGGCCCAGGUGGCGAACAUUCCCAGUACCAUGGAUAUCGAGAUGAGCAAUGGCGGCAACGGACACACAGCAGACACGGCUCGGGUUACAAACGACCGGCGUGGAAACUGGAUGAGCACCUAUCCACAGAUGGGUAUGCACAAUACACUGCCGGCAGACGGAUAUGACAUGAGCAACCCAGUAACCCCAGAACACAGCCAUAUGGCUGGGCGCUAUGGUUCGCCGGCAGGGUCGCUAUAA